GAUUUCUGUUCUGAAAAUGAGUGAAGUGAGCCGAAGUAGGACAAUCCAAAUUUCGCCAUUUUUAUUUUAGUGAAGGGAGAUUUUAUAUUUGUCAGGCUGGAGGACGAAGAUUAUUUUGUAAAAAGUGUGUCAUUAUAUUUAAUUUCUAGUAGCCGGGAUUCUUAUUUGGAAAAAUCUUAGUAUAAUAGUGUGGUUUUAUUUCUUACUAACGUUUGUAUGUAGUGCUACUUCUCCAUCGUAAGGUUGCUCGUUGGUGUGUCGCUUUAGCUAAUUCGAUGGCUAUGAUUUUGAAAUUGUAAUCUAACGUGUCGCUUUGACAUUCUCCAAAUCGGAUAAUAUUGAGAAAGUGAGGCGACGCCGUUAGAAAUGAGCAGGCCUCAAGGCGGACGCAUACAAGUCCCGGAUGACCUUAGAGAGAUAUUACUGGAGUUCACCAUAAGUUACCUUUUGGAGCAACCGGGGGACGUGAUUAACUACGCUGUUGAGUUCUUCACGAGGUUACAAAACAACAGGACGACCACCAUAGUGAGGGGACCAGUAGCCGGCACGCCCGAUGAGUCUAUAAUAUCAGAUGAAGAAGAGCCGCCAGUGGCGCGCUUCAACAACCGUCGUAAGUCUGUAUUCGCGGAGACUUAUGACCCCGAGGAGGAUGACUCCGACGAGGGUGCGCCUGUGGUGUUCCCCAAGUCGGAUGCUCAGCGCGCUCGGCUUGCUGAAGCGGUCCGCGGUAUACUGCUGUUCCGCUCACUCGACGCUCAGCAAAUGCAGCAGGUGUUGGACGCAAUGUUCGAGAAGCGCGCUGAGCCUGGAGAAUACGUGAUCCGCCAAGGCGACGAUGGGGACAACUUCUACGUCAUAGAGAAUGGAGUGUUCGACGUACUUGUCACUGGCGAUGACCGCGUCGAAAAGGUGGUCCACACAUACGAGGGCUCUGGUUCGUUUGGCGAACUGGCCCUAAUGUACAAUAUGCCGCGGGCGGCAUCUGUGCGAGCGCAAACGCCCGGCGCGCUCUGGGCCAUGGACCGGCAUACCUUCCGUCGCAUCUUGCUCAAGAGCGCUUUCAAGAAACGCAAGCUCUACGAAGAGCUGCUCGACAAGGUGCCCAUGCUGAAGGCACUCCAGCCGUACGAACGCGCCAACUUGGCGGAUGCACUUGUGCCGCGCACGCUCAACGACGGAGAGUUAAUCAUCCGGCAGGGAGACACCGCCGACGGCAUGUAUUUCGUUGAGGAUGGCUCCGUCAGCAUCCGCAUAACGCGCGACGACGGCAACGAGCACGAGAUCAAGCGGCUCGGCAAAGGAGCCUAUUUCGGAGAGCUGGCUCUCGUCACUCACAAACCUCGCGCCGCUUCUGCAUACGCCGUUGGCCCCACUAAAGUUGCAUUCCUCGACGUGGAGACAUUCGAGCGACUCUUGGGCCCGUGCAUGGAGAUCAUGAAGCGCAACAUAGACGACUACGAGGAGCAACUGGUGAAACUGUUCGGCGACAAGAGCAAUCUCACCGACGUGGGAAGCUUCGAGUCUGCCCCGCGUGUCUGUGCGUCCCCGGUGUCUCGAACCCAGUAGUUGUUAAUAGUAUGUGCAAUAAUUACCGUCAUAUAAUAUCUGUGUCGUUUACAUCAAUAUCACGUGUUAAAUUUUGUCUGUGUGAAUUUAUUUAUAGAUAUUAAUAAAAUUCAUAGUAUAAGACCAUGUAUUUCGCUAUGUACCGAUAUUUAAGGAACUUUGCAUUCAUAUCACAUCCGUCAGUAAUGUAGGAAUAAAAUUGAAUCACAUGUGUAUUUCAGUUAUAUGUAGGUGAUAAAUG